UUUUAAUUCAAUGACAAAUUAACAAAAGAGAGAAAGAGAGAGAUAGAGAGAGCGACAGUGAGAGGAGGAGGAGGAGGAGGAGGGAAACAUAAAGAUAAUCAUAAAAACAUUAGUAACUAUGUCAUUCAUAUACUAUUAUGGAUUAAAAUGAAUCAUUAUAUAUAGAUUAUUCAUAAUAUACUGAUAAUAAUUAAAGAGACCAAUAUUGAUUAUUUCAUUAAACAAUUACUUUAUAUCAAUAAUAUUUUAACUAUAAAUGGAUUCUGAUAAUCGUGUCAUAUUAAAUGUUGGCGGUAUAAGACAUGAAACAUAUAAAGCUACAUUAAAAAAGAUACCAGCAACACGUUUAUCAAAAUUAACUGAAGCUGUAGCUAAUUAUGAUCCAAUAUUAAAUGAAUAUUUUUUUGAUCGUCAUCCAGGUGUAUUUAAUCAAAUAUUAAAUUAUUAUCGUACUGGUAAAUUACAUUAUCCAACUGAUGUAUGUGGACCAUUAUUUGAAGAAGAAUUAGAAUUUUGGGGUUUAGAUGCUAAUCAAGUUGAACCAUGUUGUUGGAUGACAUAUACAUCACAUCGUGAAACUCAAGAAACACUUCAAAUAUUAAAUGAUUUAGAUUUAGAUACAGAAAGAAGAACUGAAGAAGAAUUAUAUUCAAAAUUUGGUUGGGAAGAUGCAUAUCAAUCUGGUAAAUUAACUUUAUGGCAAAGGUAUAAACCAAAAAUUUGGAUGUUAUUCGAUGAAUGUUAUUCAUCAUUAGGGGCAAAAAUUAUAGCUGUGAUCUCUGUAUUUUUCAUUGUUUUAUCAAUACUUUGUUUUUGUUUAAAAACAUCAUCUAAUCUUCGUAUACCAUUAUUAUAUAAUGAUUCAAUAUUCAUCAAAUCUAAUCAAUUAUUCACAGAUUAUGAAACAUCAUUUUCUUAUACACCUUAUUCAUCAUCAUCAUCAUCAUCGUCGUCGUCGUCGUCGUCAUCACCGUCGUCGUCAUCACCGUCAUCAUCAUCAUCAUCAUAUUCCCAUAUCUAUUCACAUAAUUCAUUGAAUAUAGAACCUUCAUGGACAAUACGUAAACGUAUCAUUAAAUCUCAUAUAUUAUUUAGUUAUAUAGAAUGUAUAUCAAAUGGAUGGUUUACAUUUGAAAUAAUAAUACGUUUUAUAGUAACACCAUGUAAAUUAGAAUUUAUUAAAUCACCUAUUAAUAUUAUUGAUUUAUUAGCAUUAUUAUCAUUUUAUGUUGAUUUAAUAUUAACUAAAAUUAUGUCAAAUGAAGCUAAUUAUGAAGCAUUAGAAUUUUUUUCUAUUAUAAGAAUUAUGCGAUUGUUUAAAUUAACCCGCCAUAUAGCUGGUUUAAAAAUUUUAAUACAUACAUUUCGUGCUAGUCUUAAAGAAUUAGUAUUAUUAGUAUUUUUUUUAAUGGUAUUUAUUGUGAUAUUUGCUGCAUUAAUGUAUUAUGCUGAACGUUUUCAAUAUAAUCCACAAAAUGAUUUUGUAUCUAUACCAGUUGGUUUAUGGUGGGCUAUUGUUACUAUGACAACUGUGGGUUAUGGAGAUCAAGUACCAAAAACAUAUUUAGGUAUGAUCGUUGGUGCAAUGUGUGCAAUUACUGGUGUUAUGACUAUUUCUCUUCCAGUUCCUGUGAUUGUAUCAAAUUUUUCACGUUUUUAUACACAUACACAAGCUCAAUCAAAACUACCAAAACGUAGAAGACGUAUAUUACCAGUUGAAGCAGUUCGACCAAAAACUUGUGGUCAAAUUACACAAUUUAAUACAUCAAUAAAAUUAAAAAAUAGUUUUGGUGUUAUACCACAUGGAUUAGUACGUAAUUUAAAUUCAUCAAAUGGUUCUCCUAUAAGAUUAUCAUCAACUGGUGAAAGAAAAAAUCUUUGCCCAGAUAUAACUUCUAAAAUAACAGAUAAUUCAUCUAAUGAACAAACUAUUCUUAAACCAUUAAUACCAAGACGUGAAGAAAUUCCAUUAUUACCUAAAGAGAACAUACCACAAUAUCAAACAUCUAUGAAUUGGCCUAAAUCAUCUAUUAUUAAAGAAACAUCAACUGGAUUCCUUUCACAAACAUCAUUAGAAACAAAUCGAUUAUACAUGAAUAAUGAAGGAAAAGAUCCAGUCACAUUAAAACAAUCAAAUAAACAUCAAUUAUUUGAUAAUAUAAUUGGUAAUACAACUAUAGUUAAUCGUAUAGAGGAUAAUGAAAAUGAUGAUGAUACUACUACUACUACUACUACUAAUAAUAAUAAUAAUAAUAAUAAUAAUAAUACUGAAGAUAUGAAAGAUAACAUUAAAAAUCAAUAUUUGCCAGCAUCAAAUAAUUUACUCGAGAAAAAUUAUAAAACAACAAAGAAUACUACUUAUAAUAGUAAUAUAAGUAGUAAAAAUAAUAAUGAUGAAAUUUCCUAUUCAAUAAAUACUAAAUUAUCAUAUAUCAAUUAUAAAACACCAUGUUUUUCAUUUGAUGAACAUAAUAAUAUAGAAGAGAAUUUUUUACCAUCGGAUAAUAGUUUAAAUCAAUUAGAAGAAUUAUUAACAUUACAUAAUGAUAACAGUAAUAAUUAUUAUGAAAUUACCCCACCCCGUUUAUCAUGUGUAUCUGGGGAUAAAUUAGAAAUGAAAUUUAUUACUGGUUCAAAUGCACCAAUAUAAUUUCUAUUGUAGAGUAUGGAUGUAUGUAUGUUUCUGUCUAUCCACCCAUCUAUCUAUCUAUCUAUCUAUC